AGCCAGAGGUUUUGUUUUGUUUGCAGUAAAGAAUCAAGAAUCAAUUUCACUCUGCCGAGAAGAAACACAAAAAUCAGGGAGACAUUUAGAGAGAAAUGCUAAGUCUGAAUGUCUCCGAUUCGCUUCGUCUUCCAUUCCCAAAUCCUAAGCCUCUCAAAUCAGAUUCAUGCUGCUCUUCUUCUUCUUCCUCAUCGUGGAGGAGAUGUGUCUCCGCUUGUCCCCUUCGAUCGAAUCGAAAAGAAUCUCGGCUAGAGUUUCGAUGCUUCCGAAGAAAUGCUGCUUGUUACCUCAAGAAAGCUGAAUCUGAAGAAGAGUUUAGAAAUCUUGAUUUUGUGGUCGAACCAUCGAUAGUCCACUCAAGAAGAGAGACUCAGAGAGCUCUUAAGUUCUUGGCUGUAUCUGGUUCGAUCGCAUUGCUCGGAACUGAUCCAGCUUUUGCUGUUUCUCAAAUUCCCAACGGGAUGCAGUCAUUUGUCACUUCUCUUGGAGACCUCGGAGACAUUAGCUCAGGUUUUGCUUCGGCAUUCUUGCUUAUAUUUUUCUCUGAACUUGGAGACAAGACUUUCUUCAUUGCGGCCCUUUUAGCUGCAAGGAACAACGCUGCUACCGUAUUCGCAGGGACUUUUGGCGCUCUUGGGAUAAUGACGAUAAUAUCUGUAGUGCUUGGACGAACUUUCCACUAUGUCGAUGAAAUUCUUCCAUUCAGGUUUGGAGAAACCGAUUUGCCUAUAGAUGAUAUUGCAGCAGUUUGUCUUCUGGUUUACUUUGGUGUUUCAACGCUAUCAGACGCCAUUUCAGACGAUGGACUUAAAGCCGAAGAAGAACAGAAAGAAGCAGAACUAGCGGUUUCAGAGCUUUCAGGUAACGGAGCCGGAAUAGUAGCAGCCGCUAACACCAUAAUCAGCACUUUUGCAUUGGUUUUUGUUGCGGAAUGGGGUGACAAAUCCUUCUUCUCAACAAUUGCUCUUGCGGCUGCAUCAUCUCCAUUGGGUGUCAUCGCUGGAGCGUUGGCGGGUCAUGGUGCUGCGACUUUGCUUGCGGUUUUGGGAGGUUCUUUGCUGGGAAAUUUCUUGUCAGAGAAGGCAAUAGCUUAUGUCGGAGGAGUUUUGUUUCUCGUGUUUGCUGCUGUGACAGUGGCUGAGAUCAUUACGUAAGUAUAAGUAUUUUCUCUUCCUCUUAUUUAUUUAUAUAAAAAGACCUUUUUAAUUUUAUGUGGAAAUUUAUAUGAAUUGUUUAUCCUCCA